AUGCACAGACCAGAACACAACGCGACUGACGACAUGGCUGCAAGGCCGAGCCUCUCGGCCGCCAGCACGACGAGCACCCACUACGACGAGCACACCCACCACCUCCCUUCCCACCACCACGCUCAGCACGAGCCAGAAGAGGAUCUCGAGUACAUCCAGCACAUGCCUCCGCGGUUAAGGACAAGCAUCGAUUCGGGGCUCGCCGUCGAGUACGCCGAGGCUGCCGCCGCCAAGGAAGGCGACCACAAGCUCGACAAGCUGGAGAAGUUUGUCGAGAAGGAACCCCCGGUAACGAGUGGAGCGCGGCCGCCGAAACCUCUCGUUGACAUCCUCGAGCCUGCGCCCGCUGCUCCGCUCGAGCGCAUUGCUUCGGUUGGUCCACCGCCAGAUGGAGGGCUCCGUGCGUGGCUGGUCGUCAUGGGCUCCGCGUUCAGCAUGUUUUGCGUGAACGGCUUCGUGACGGGAACGGGUCAGUUCCAAUCGUACUACCUCAACCACCAGCUGAGCUCCUACUCGCCCGCCGAGGUUGCAUCACCAUCACCUUCGGCCUCGCUGUCAUUUCUGGUGCCAUGUUUGACGCGUACACCGCCAGACCGCUUGUCAUCAUCUCUGCGCUGGGACAGUUCGGCUCUCUCGUUGCCAUCGCUUAAGUACUAUCAGUUUCUCCUGUCGCAUGCCGCCUUCGGUGUCGCCGGCGCUAUCAUCUACUCCCCCGCGUCGGGAAUCGCGGCGCAUUGGUUCCUGCGAAGGCGCGGCACCGCCGUUGCCGUUAUCAUGUCUGGCGGUGGACUUGGCGGUGUGAUCUACCCGAUUCUCGUCAAGAACUUGACCGACCGGUUUGCAUGGCGCGACGCAAUCCUGAUCCUGGCCGGCAUCCACUUCUGCCUGAUGCUCCCACCCUGCCUGUUCAUGAAGAAGCGUCUGCCGAACCGCCCUCCCGUGCCGAUCCGCGCCCUGGCAAGGCCCUGGAAGGACGUUCGUUACUGCUUCCUUGUCCUGGGACAGUGUAUCGCGAACAUGGUCGUUUUCUCGCCCUACUUUAACGCGGGGCUGUAUGCGAGCUCGAACGGCGCCAACGCCACCAUCGUCGGGUACGCCGUCACGAUCCUGCAGUCUGGCAACGUCGUGGGACGCCUCUCGUCUGGCCCGCUCGCGGACCGUUUCGGGACGUGGCUCAUGUACGUCGCCUCGGCGGCGAGCUGUGCCGUUGCCCUGUUCGCGUUCUGGAUCGCGCGCAUGAACGAGGGCGCCACCGUUGCCGGACUUGUGCUCUACGGUAUGGUUAGCGGCGCGCAGCUCACGCUCCCGCCUGCUGUGAUUGCGACGAUCUCGCCUGCCCACGAAAUCGGCAUGCGCGUGGGCAUGCUCUGGACCAUGCUCGCUAUUCCCAUGCUUGUUGGACCCGUCAUUACGGGAGAGCUCAUCACUGCCGCAGGAAGGACGUACAAGUGGGCUGGGCUUUGGAACGCGCUCAUGUUCUGCGUCGCGGCGAGUUUGCUGAACCUGCCUGGUGUGCUGAAGUGGUUCAGGGACCGCAAGGCGGGCAAGGCGGGCUCGAACGAUAUCGCACAGCCUGAGACGGCGUGA